UCAACGCACUAAUCAAACAAAAACCAAAUUCAAAACCUCCAAACAUGUUCAAAUUCGUUGCCUUCUUUGCUUGCAUUGCCGUUGCAGCUACUGCUCCUGGUCUCUUAGCCGAGACACACACCAUUGUGCAACCCGCUGCCGUGCUGGCCAAGACCGCCUACGUGGACACCAGCGCCUCCUCGGCCAUCACCCACCAGAGCAAUGUGAAUCUGCUGCGUAAGGUGCCAGUUGUCCAGACCUAUCAUGCUCCUCUCGUGCACACCGCUCCCGUUGUCCAUGCUGCUCCCGUUGUCCACUCGUCCGUUGUCCACGCUGCUCCCGUGGUUCACACCGCUCCCGUUGUCCAUACCUAUGCUGCUGCUCCUGUGCUGCACUCUGUGCCCGUCGUCCACUCUGCACCUCUGGUCAAGACUGUCGUCAGCGCUCCAGUUGCCUAUACCGCCUACCACAAGUAAAAAGUUCCACUUACCAAAACCAUCAUUAAUCGAAUCCUUGAGCCAUAAAUAAGGCAAUAAAUAAAUUGAAAAUCAAUACACACA